AUGUGCUCUUGCCAGGCCAUAUGGAGCUGGAUUGACCAGUCUGACCAGUCUGGCUGUGUGCUGUUUGCCUCUGUUGCUCAGCCGUUGGGCCGUCACCGCAACCUCGGGGCUCCGUCCCUCGAGCAGGUGAAAAUUGGCGGAAAGUCAUCACCGGAUCGAGCUCAUCUCACCAUCAUCGGCUGUGCCGCAAGAAGCAGAGGAAAAGGUAUGGAGGCCCACAAGCUGGUCCACGGGCUGGAAGAGCUGCCGGUAGAUGAGGUGACAGAUUACGCGCUCUCUCGGACUACUUCUGCAGGUAGUACGGUGUCGUUGUCGAGUGUUGAGUCCACGGCGUCGAGCACGCGGCGCAAAACGCAUUACUGCGACUACGAGGGCUGCUACAAGGCGUUCACGCGGCCGUCCCUGCUGACGGAGCACCAGCAGACGGCGCACCAGGGCAUCAGGGCAUACCAGUGCGAGCAGUGCGGGCGCGGGUUUACCAAGAAGUCGCACUUGGAGCGGCACCUGUUCUCGCACUCUGAGACAAAGCCGUUCAGCUGCACGGUAUGUGGCAAGGGGGUGACCACGCGGCAGCAACUGAGGCGGCACGAGAUCACACACACAAAGUCGUUCAAGUGCCCGCACGAGGGCUGCGGCGAAGCGUUCUACAAGCACCCGCAGUUGCGUUCGCACGUGCUGGCGGUGCACGAGCAAAAGCUGACGUGCACACACUGUGACAAGCGGUUCCAACGGCCAUACCGUUUGAAAACACACAUCGCCAAGCAUCACGGGCCUGCAUCGCAGUUCCGGUACCAAUGCACGAACGCCGGCUGCGUACAGUGCUUUGAGACGUGGUCUGCGCUGCAGCAGCACCUUCACACGGACCACCCGAAGCUACCAUGCGGGGUGUGCGGGAAGCUGUGCGUGGGGGAGACGGGACUGCAGAUGCACAUGACUGUGCACGACGAGUCGCGGGUGAUUAAAAACUGGAAGUGCUCUGUGUGUAGCGACACCACCUACGCGAAGAUGGCCGAUCUGCUUGCGCAUUAUAUGGAAACCCACGGUGAUGCGAUCCCCAAGGAAUUGAUAGAGCAUGUCAAUGCUGAAAGCCCAGCUGUGGUGCAUGUGGAUGAGCAACAGAGGGAAGACCCUGAGAUAGUGAGACCGCAGAAGCGCAGGAAGAAUUCUGAUAACACCAUAAUGGGGUCCUUACAGACAGAGGAAAAGAUACGAAAGCUCAUAGAAUCCGGCCGAACCGGCCUAUCGCUGCUGUUGAAUACUGCAGGGAGGAAGAAGAGAUGCCCAUAUCUGGGAUGCAGUCGUGUAUUUAAGACGGAAGAUAAGUACGAUCUGCAUAUCUCUAAGCACAAGAUAAACGAUUUGAAGGUCAAACUACUGGAGGACAAAUUAAAGACGGAAGCGGCUGCGGGCAAGGACCCAGCAUGCGGAUAG